GCGCCGGCUCUGUUUACAGCCCAUACAAUCCCACAAUGCGUUGUGCCUUCUACGUCAUUGGCUGGUCGAACUCCAAGAUGGCGGUAUUUAGGAGCUGCACUGCGACAAUGGAAGCUGCUAUAGAGGUCUGUCCUCUGUCCAGGUGUUCACGGUGCAGAGGAGGUCAUGUGACUCUGGGAUCCUUGGAAACACCUCAGCUAAACGCUGUUACAGAAGACAGACUUGUCCUGUAUGGAGUCACUGCUGAGAAUGAGGAGCAGCUGUCUCAGGCCAGACAAAACCGACAGAGGCUGAUGAUCCUGGAAGCUGCGUUCAACCCUAAGGUGGUGUUACACCGAGCAGACAUCCAGCAUCUAUUGGUGAUUAAAGAAGAGCCCCCCCUAGAGGAGAGUCCCAGUCUGGACCAGGAGGACCCAGAGCCCCCACACAUCAAAGAGGAAGAUGAGGAACUCUGGACCAGUCAGGAGGCAGAGCAGCUGCAUGGACUGGAGGAGGCUGAUGACACUAAGUUCCCGUCCACUGGUGUUCAUGUGAAAACUGAAGAGGAUGAGGAGAGACCUCAGUCUAUACAGCCACUUCAGUGUCAGACUGGGGAGGGAAGAGAGGAGGAACCUGGAGCCGAGAGCUCAGCUGGACAGUCUUGUUUUAGCUGUUCUGAGUGUGGAAAAGGGUUUAAACACAGGGGGAAUCUUAAGCUACACAUGAGAGUCCACACAGGAAAGAAACCUUUUGGCUGUGGUGAGUGUGUGAAAAGAUUUACCACACAGGGGAAUCUUAAGCUGCACAUGAGAGUCCACACAGGAGAGAAACCUUUUAGUUGUGGUGAGUGUGGGAAAAGAUUUACCCGACAGCAGUGUCUUAACAUGCACAUGAGAGUCCACACAGGAGAGAAAGUUCUUUUUUGUGGUUGUUGUGGAAAAAGAUUUAUCACACAGGGGUAUCUUAAAAGGCACAUGAGAGUCCACACAGGAGAGAAACCUUUUGUUUGUAGUGAAUGUGGGAAAAGAUUUACCCGACAGGAACAUCUUAAACGGCACAUCAGAGUCCACACUGGAGAGAAACAUUUUGUUUGUGAUGAUUGUGGAAAAAAGUUUACCACACAGUGGAAUCUUAAAGAUCACAUGAAAGUCCACACAGGAGAAAAACCUUUUGUUUGUGGUGAUUGUGGGAAAAGAUUUACCCAAAGGGGGAAUCUUAAGCAGCACAUGAGAUGCCACACAGGAGAAAAACCAUAUGGUUGUCGUGAUUGUGGGAAAAGAUUUAACCAUAGGGGGCAUCUUAAAAAGCACAUGAGACACCACACAGGAGACAAACCUCUUAGUUGUGGUGAUUGAGAGAAACUUUAAGGUUUGUACAGUUGAGUCCUGUUUUCCUUAAGUUUCAGAAACUUAAUCCAACAAGUGCUUCUGUGACUGUUCAUCUUUUAUAUGUUUAAAUCAAUAGCGUAGGUUUCCCGCCAUAUUUUCAUCGUUCUUCUUUUUCAAGAGCCCCAGUGCCGUAGAUAGAUACCAGAAGUGCUUCUGUUCCAGUUGUUUUUCUCAGGAUGUUACUGUUGUUGUUCAAGUUGGAGAUAGUGGUGUUAUUACAGUGUGACAUCUUUUCAGUUCAGUUUUUUUGUAUAGUGCCAAAUCACAACCAAAGUCAUCUUAGGACACUUUACAAAGUAAGAUCUAGACCUUACUAUUAUUAUUAAGUAAAAACCCAACCAAUCCCUCUUGAGCAGCACUUGGCGAUGGUCCACAUGUCCCUCUCCCCAGUGAUGAAAUCAGAGAAAUCUCAGCUGCAGGCACCAAAAGCAGGUGUGGAGCACCAGGGCAUCAGAAACCAAUCAUCAUCGCACUGCUUAGACCAGGGGUGUCAAAUGUACGGCCUGCGGGCCGGAGCCGGCCUGCCAAGGGGUUCAAUCCGGCCCGCAGGAUAAAUCUGAAAGUGAAAAAAAUGCAAUGAGACAUGAACUAGAAUUUUUUUUUUUAAUUUUAAUUUUUUAAUUUUUUUUUUUUUCCUAAAUUGUCCGCUAGGGACACACUGUUUGACAUGGAGCAGCUGAAAGAGGAAGAAAAGAAAGGCAAAACAAUGCUGAGAUAGACACAGCUAAGCUAAAGCAGUGUUGUGACAAAAUUCAGAGAGAAAGUACAAGCCGCGAAUGGAGGAGAUGCUUUUUGGACAUCGGGGGCGCUGUGGCUCAGGAGGUAGAGUGGGUCGUUUCCUAACCGGAUGAUUAGCGGUUCGAUUCCUGGCGUGUCCAGUC